AAUGAAGAGUCUGACUUCGUCUUUGUUUUGUGCAUCAUGGAAUUUUUCUCACCUCUAACCCACCAGAGCCAAAGGAACUCUAGAAAGUCCAUUUCCAUACGCAGUAAAUAGCGAAGACUUUAGUCCGAGGACUCUCAGCCCCUUACUCAGUUUACUGCAUAUUUAAUUUUAUAGUAAUUUAUUGAAUUAUUUUCAUACCUCACAUUUUUUUCUGUUUACAUAUAAAGUAUUUUAUUUUUUAUUUGAUCAUUGAGCCAAAAGUUAAAUAUGGAAUCAACAACCGUUUUCAGUGUCUUUGCCAGUACGCUCGGCACCCAGUUGGGGGCCCCCAUGACUGAAUACCUUUGGAUGCUGAUUUUGGGUUUUAUCAUAGCCUUCGUGCUGGCUUUCUCGGUUGGUGCCAACGAUGUAGCAAACUCCUUCGGCACGGCUGUGGGCUCUGGUGUGGUGACUCUCCGGCAAGCUUGCAUCUUGGCAUCCAUCUUCGAAACCGUGGGCUCGGUUUUGCUGGGCGCGAAAGUUAGUGAAACCAUCCGGAAAGGCCUGAUUGACGUGAAUAUGUACAACACUUCAGAGCACCUGCUAAUGGCUGGAUCCAUCAGUGCUAUGUUUGGUUCUGCUGUAUGGCAGCUUGCUGCUUCCUUUCUGAAGCUACCGAUCUCUGGAACGCACUGCAUUGUUGGAGCCACCAUCGGCUUCUCUCUGGUAGCUAAAGGGCAAGAAGGAGUCAAGUGGUCUGAGCUGCUUCGUAUUGUGCUGUCCUGGUUUAUCUCUCCGCUGCUAUCUGGAAUCAUGUCUGCUCUUCUCUUCUUCUUUGUGAGAAUGUUCAUCCUGCGCAAGGCUGACCCUGUACCCAACGGACUGCGAGCUCUGCCUGUCUUCUAUGCCUGCACAAUCGGAAUCAACCUCUUCUCCAUCAUGUACACCGGCGCUCCCAUGCUUGGAUUCGACAAAAUUCCUCUGUGGGGUAUCAUUCUCAUCUCUGUGGGGUGCGCCGUGAUUUGUGCCGUGGUAGUCUGGUUCGUCGUCUGUCCCAGGAUGAAGAAGAAAAUAGAACGUGAGUGUGAGCUCAAGUCCAGCCCCUCUGAAUCCCCACUGAUGGAGAAGAGCAGAGAUCGCAGCCAUAUCCUAAAAUCAGAUCAGGAUGUGAAGCUGCCAAUUGACAGCGGUGUCGCUGCAGAGACAAAGGUGCCCAUUCUCGACCUAGUGUCUGUGCCUAUACCCUCCCGGGCAGUAGAGGAACGGACUGUAACCUUCAAGAUGGGUGACGGAGAUGACUUAUCUGAGAGAGAGAAGUGUCAAAGUAUGGAGACCAACAUUGACCAGCCAAUGCAUGGAGCUGUGCAGUUGCCAAAUGGAAACCACCAUCAGUUCAACCAACCCGUCAGUAAUCAGAUUAAUUCUAGUGGUCAGUAUCAGUACCACACGGUGCACAAGGAUUCGGGCCUGUACAAAGAGCUGCUACACAAGUUGCAUUUGGCCAAAGUUGGAGACUGUAUGGGCGACUCUGGGGAGAAGCCUCUCCGCCGCAACAACAGUUACACAUCUUACACCAUGGCAAUCUGUGGAAUGCCCCUGGACUCCUUCCGAAACCGGGAGGCCGAGGCACGCCCUGAAGAAGCAGGGCAGUUGACCUGGCAUGGAGCCGAUGGGAAGAAGAGGGCUCGUAUGGACAGCUACACCAGUUAUUGCAAUGCAGUGGCCGAUACGCAUCGUGAUGUUGGGGAACAGGAGGAAGGCAACACAGAAGAGGAGGUGGUGGACAGGAAGAGCAGCAACUCUUCCUUAGAUGAACGUUAUGACCAGGACAAGCCCGAGGUGUCCCAUCUCUUCCAGUUCCUGCAGAUCCUCACUGCCUGCUUUGGCUCCUUUGCUCAUGGUGGAAAUGAUGUCAGCAAUGCCAUUGGACCGCUGGUUGCCUUGUGGCUGGUGUAUGAAACCCGAGAUGUAACCACCAAAGCUGCCACCCCUAUCUGGCUGCUCCUGUAUGGAGGCAUCGGUAUCUGCAUUGGCUUGUGGGUCUGGGGGCGAAGGGUCAUCCAGACGAUGGGCAAAGAUCUAACGCCUAUUACACCAUCAAGUGGUUUCAGCAUCGAGUUGGCAUCUGCUCUAACUGUUGUGAUUGCGUCUAAUGUCGGCCUCCCGAUCAGUACUACACAUUGCAAGGUCGGCUCGGUGGUGUCGGUGGGAUGGCUGCGUUCUAAGAAAGCUGUGGACUGGCGGCUCUUCAGAAAUAUCUUCUUGGCGUGGUUUGUCACGGUGCCAAUCUCUGGCCUGAUCAGCGCAGGCAUCAUGGCCCUCUUCAAAUAUGCCAUCCUCCAGGCUUGAUCACACAACGCCAUGCCACCUGCUAUCCAGAAUAGUCGCUCAGGACCAAAGACCCACCGCACGUACCACAUCAGUGCAAACUUCAUGAGCUGCUGAGGACCCAAGCGAUUCGCCUCCCUCCCAAUCCCUGCAAGAGGGGCCUGUGAAUAUACAUCUAGAAUAUGCAAUGCGCUCGCUCUGCAAGGGACGGGCAAGAUCCUUUAACGAGGAGUAAGAAGUGGAUUUGAAGCAGGAUUAUCUCGCCUUCCCUUAGUGCUGUAAAACUGCUUAAUGCUUUUAGUACAUGAGAAGA